UUUAUGUGUUAUGCCAUUUUUUCAAAGAUGAGUCCUGUAGAUGGGGUUUUCCAUUUUUUAUUUCCCAUUGGCUUGUCCAUAAACAAAAAUGUCAUGAAAAGAACAUGUACGUUAUAAUAGCUAAAAUUUCUCACCAAACAAGUCAUGUCACUUUUUAACUAUUUGCAAAAAUUUUGAUUUUCAAUGUUUAGGUUGGAUCAUUUAAAUAUAUGUGAAAAGCCAGCUAAAAGGCUACCCAUUUCAUUCAUCUAAAUAUUGCCGAACUUGAGGAAGAAAAGUUUUAUAGUUGACAAAAUUUGCAUAUACUGUUAGGGGAUAUUAUUCAUAUUUGCAGCAUCGAAACCAUGAGUUUUCGCGUAGCAGAUGCAGAUGGUUUAGUUGAUGUUGAUCAUGCUAGUGUAGCAGUUGAUUCAGAUAACGCUCGUCUUCAUGAGCUAGGAUAUAAACAAGAACUCAAUCGCGAUCUUUCGAUGAUAUCAAAUUUCGCGAUAUCAUUUUCUAUUGUAUCGGUGCUUACUGGUUUAAACGGACUAAUGGGCACGGGGUUGAAUUUUGGUGGUCCUGUAUCGUACAUUUAUGGAUGGCCAAUUGCUGGUACAUUCACCUUGUUAAUUGGUUUGUCAAUGGCUGAGAUUUGUUCUUCUUAUCCAACUUCUGGGGGUCUCUAUUAUUGGAGCGCCAAGCUUGCUGGACCGAACUGGGGACCUUUCGCUUCUUGGAUCACUGGCUGGUUCAACAUCGUUGGUCAGUGGGCUCUCACAACAAGUAUAGAUUUUUCGCUCGCACAGUUAGUUCAGGUGAUGAUUCUCCUUAGCACGGGCGGAAACAAUGGAGGUGGAUAUAGGAUCUCUAAAUAUGUCGUUAUGGCCCUCCACGGAGUAUUUCUUCUAAUACACGCGAUAUUAAAUAGUCUUCCUAUCUCAAUGUUGUCGUUCCUUGGACAAGUAGGCGCUGCAGCCAAUUUUUUCGGUUGUUUUCUCAUGAUCGUGAUUCCAGCGGUUGCAACUGAAAGAGCCAGUGCUAAGUUCGUGUUUACCAACUUCAAUACUGAGAAUCAAAACGGAAUCCACAAUAACUUCUACAUCUUCGUCCUAGGACUUCUUAUGAGCCAGUACACGUUGACAGGUUACGAUGCUUCUGCCUAUAUGUCAGAGGAAACUAAAGAUGCCGAUAAGAAUGGACCACAAGGUAUUGUAAGUGCCAUUGGCAUAGCAGUUAUUGCAGGAUGGGCAUACGUACUUGGUAUAACGUUCGCGGUCAGAGAUAUUCCGAAUCUUUUGAGUGAAAAUAAUGACUCGGGUGGUCAUGCCGUUGCUCAAAUCUUUUAUGAAGCGUUCAUGAGUAGAUAUGGAAGUAGCGUUGGCGCUGUGAUCUGCUUAGGUAUAAUUGGUCUUGCUGUGUUCUUUGCUGGUAUGAGCUCACUAACUAGCAACUCGAGGAUUGCUUACGCAUUCUCCAGAGACGGAGCAAUGCCAUUUUCGUCACAGCUGCAGAAAGUGAACAAGCAAGAAGUACCGAUAAAUGCAGUCUGGAUGUCCGCCUUUGUAGCAUUUUGCAUGGCGUUGACGUCUCUGGGAAGCUUGGUAGCAUUUCAAGCCAUGACAUCAAUAGCAACAAUUGGACUUUAUAUUGCAUAUGCCAUACCAAUCUUUCUAAGGUUGACUCUAGGUCGAAAGACCUUCAGUCGAGGGCGCUUUAACUUGGGAAGAUACGGGACCAUUAUAGGUUGGAUAUCAGUACUAUGGGUCGCGCUCAUCUCCGUGCUCUUCUCCUUGCCUGUUUCAUACCCUAUUACAGAUCAAACUCUCAACUACACUCCCGUUGCAGUUGGAGGCGCGCUCAUUCUAGCUGUUUCUACGUGGAACUUCAGCGGUAGGCACUGGUUUAAAGGUCCGAUUAAGAAUAUUGACGAUAGCUCAAAGGAAUACGCGUAAAACUGGAAAAUUUUGUAAUGGAACAUUGUUGAAAGUGUAUAUUGUGUACACUUCCUAUAUACAUUCUCCCUCAUUUUUCCUUUUUAUUGUGAGAGUUUUUGC